CGUAGUCGUGUAGCUGUCAUUCCGAUAUGCCAAAGUUAAAAAAACCAACUCUCUCUCUCUCUCUCUCUCUCUCUUAUACAGCAAAUAAACGUUUGCAGCUGUCGGAGAAGAGAGGAGAGGCUGAGAGAAGCAGUCCAGAAAAAGAAAGAGAUAGAUCUUCACCAUCCCUUUCCUUCCAAUUUCAAUCCUUGUAAUACUUUCCGAGACAAUUGAGUUGUUUUCCCUUUCUUAAUGCUUUCUAUGCUCAACUGAAGGAAUGGAAGGAGAUUCAAUGAUAGAAGACGAAGAGAACAAGAAGAGGAGGUUGAAGAGAGAAACUCAUUUGGCAGUUCUAACGAUCUAGGUAAUUAAGGAGGAGUUUAGCUGGGCAGUUUAGCUGGGCUGGAUAGAUAGACUAUAUCUGCCAUGGCUUUCCAACAGUACAGGUCCCCAUUUGGAGACACAACUUAUACCAAGGUGUUCGUUGGGGGUUUAGCUUGGGAGACUCAGACUGAAGAAAUGAGGAGACACUUUGAACAAUUUGGAGAUAUUCUUGAAGCCGUUAUCAUCAUUGACAAGAACACAGGAAGGUCUAAAGGCUAUGGAUUCGUGACAUUUCGUGAUCCAGAAUCAGCAAGAAGGGCCUGUGUUGAUCCCAACCCUAUGAUCGAUGGGAGGAGGGCAAACUGUAAUAUUGCUUCAUUUGGUCGUCCUAGAACUUCAUCACCUCGAGGAAGAAAUCAAGGUGGUACCCCCCACCGUGGGGUCGUUCCAAUGGGUGCAACAUCGUAUAGCAGAGUUGCAGGACCACUGCUGUCUCCUCCUCCCCCACCACCCACACUACCUCCUCCUCAGGUCGUUUAUCCUCCUCCUUACGGGUACACCACCUAUUCUCCUGGAUACACCCAAGCGAUGUAUAGCCCACAUCUGCAAGGGCAGUACUACCAACAGAUGUACGGGACCUCGACAUCAGGCAUCGGGAUUGGGGGAUCCUCUUAUUACUAUGGCUAUGCAAUGCCAGCAGCAGCACCUGCACCCAGGCUAACUUUUUCUGCUUCUCAGCCACAACGUAUGCUCGGAUCUUCCUAUAUUACCCUUCCCACCUCCUCCACCACCACCACUACACAUGGGGAGGAGUCCUUCACCACUUUUCCUCUACAAGCUUCCACCUCUAGGUCUCCUCUUUCCUUGUCUACUGAUUCCCAGACAACCCAACAACAAAGCUCGGCAGCAGCUGGAGUUGGACCGGCGAGCUCAGAGGUCGAAGAAGCACCAGAGAAGAGUUCAUGAUGAGGGAGAGAGAGGAUCAAUGGCCUGGUCGGGGUUUUACCUUCAAUUAUUUCUCUUCUGCAGUUCAAUUUACGCAGUAAUUUUUUUCCAGUGCCCAACAAGGAGAGCUUCAGCUUUUGGUGCCGAGCAAAAAUUACUGAGAUCCCUAGCAACUAGGGAUGGGCACUAAUUAAUCUCAAACCCCACUAAGCUAUUUUUCCAUUUCAUUUUCCCAGUUAAUGGUUAUUUUCUUUGGGUCGAUUUGUUCAUCAACCAUCAGCCCUGAGAGGAACCCUCAAUAAAGGAUAUAUAUUUUUUCACCAUAAAUGGUUAUACAUCGGGAAUUGGGUUGAUGAACCUGGGAAUCGUGUAAUAACUCAGUUCAAGAGCCAUUGGAUUGGAAUCUUCUCUUCUAAUACUUAAAUGAAAUAGACUAUCUAAAAUAUUUUUAACA